ACCCACACAUAACUGACCUCCACAGUAGAAGUGGAGCCACCAUAUUUGAAUGGGAAAGUUCUCUGCUGCAUCAUAGCCAUCAGUGUUCCUUCAGUCAUAGAACAGCUUUAGGGCAGUCUUCACAUUAAACAGUGCUGUGAAGGAUUUACCAUGUCCAUAGCAGCCUUGAAAAGGUAUCUUAAAUUGCUCACAUGCUUUGUUGACAUAAUUUUACAUUCAGAAGUUGGAUUUGGAAUUUUUAGUCUCCUUUUUAGUUGUUAAUAUAACCUGUCCUAAAGGGAGUGUAGUAAAAUUAUAACAUUUCUCCUGAUUUUGUCCUUCCGCUUCCAUUAAAGAAAUAAAAAUAAACACAUAAUGUCAGAUUGAGCAACCUGCCGUACAACUCCACUCCCACUGUUGGGGCAGUAAUACAUCCCUGUUUCACUUGUAACAAACCAAAAUCGAAUCAGACACGUUUGUAGAAGCUUCCUUUAAUUGAACUAUUACACACUGACAGAAAUGAUUAACACACUUGAUACUAACACACUUCCCUCAGGAAGCUCAGCCUCUGGAGUAUCCGGGUGAUAAAUGACCGGAACUUUCUUAGCUGCAGUAAGUGUGGCAAAGCAUAACUGAAUGGAUAAAGGACACAAACAGGGCAAAGAUUCCAAAACAACAAAAACAAAUGAGAGUACAUAUCUGGGGAAAACAUAUUGACCAUAUAGUUUACUAUAUUGGGCAUGAAUUUGCAUGACCUUGUGUGAAGAGGAGCUAGAAACAUAAUGUAAGUUAGUUGUGAAAUUGAGUGCAUAAGCGGAAAAAAAUGAAAAAAUAAAUAAAUAAAACAAUAUUCGUUCAACCUCUCUGGCAUGUAAAUAUAAUUAUCAUAUAUAGAAACAUUUGCUGAUAAAAAGAACGCUUGAAUUGAAAGAUGAUGAAAACAAAUGCUGAGGUCAUAAAGCAAUGUGGUACACAAUAGCACAGAAGAGACAAUCAUACUCAAUAUCUGAAAGAUACUAUACAUAGCCUGCUCCUGAGGUGGUAAAUAGUCUUCUCAGCAAUGCUACAGAAUGAUAUUUAUAGCGAGGAUUCUUAAUGAAAUGCUUUAAUUGCCAGCAACCCUCCAUGUGUGCCUAUUUGUGAACUCGUGCUGUCUGUUGUGAGCUGACAUAGAGCUGUAUAAAUUUACAAAGCUGUGUAUACUGGAAAAACCUUGUCUAAACAUUGGUCAAAAAUUUACAUUUUCCUGAUAAGCAAUCUGUCAAGUCAACAAUGAGUUAAUUUAAAAAAUGAUAUUUCAAAAAUCUACAUUUUCAUUAAAGUUAAAAGAAAGCAAUGUGAAAAAAAUAAAAAUCUAAAGGUGAUGAGCUUCUUUUCAUAAUAAAGGCUAUAAAUGUUUACUGAUUGAGCAAAUAUCUGUUGUGCAAAUAACUUUUGUGCACUUAAUCAUUUUACCAUAUUUUUAAUGAUUUAAUUUAUCAUGAGUUUAAUAUAAAUUGAUUUAUAUGAAACGAGCGAUCCAGAGCACAUAAAUAACACCUUUAACACUUGCGCAACAAAAAUUUCAACAGGGCUUAUGAUCUGCUUUGGAUCAUGAGCAGCUCCCUUCCCUCUCCACACCUCCCUCUUUCCAUCACUUUGAUACAGGUUAAUACUCAUCCAAUCUGUCCACAUGACUUAUUUCCAAAACUCUGUGUUUUUUAUUUUAUUUUAAUGUACUUUUUUUUAGCCCCCUUAGCUUUCCUCUGAGGCUUACCAGUGGUUUUCAUCUUGUGGAUAAGCCGGUGCAGUUUUUUACACUAUGGGAUUGAUCUAUGCCGUCACCCUUCGUGGUCUAAGGAUCGUUUACUCAACAGUGUGCUCUCGCUUUCUAACAGCGCGGCAAACAGUUAUUUCGUCACACGCAAUGUUUUGACUGUGUCUCUGAUCCAUUAAAUCUGAUUUCUAUGCUUUGCUGUCAUUGAUACUUUUGUCCUGCAGCAAGGAACUUCAAAUAAAGACUCCACACUUUGAAUCAACUCUAGACCUUUUGCUAGAUUUUCAGAGGAUGAAAAUGUUUUCAUGAAUGACACCCAUAUCACUCACAUUCAAAUAUGUCCCGGUCCCAAACUUAACAUGUGCCAAAAGGGGUAUUUUAGCAUUUAUACAUUUAUUAUAGUGAAGAUACUGUAGUUAUCCAUGUUCUAUUGGGUUGAGUGCCUUGCAUUAUAUGAAAACUUUUAUAUGAAAGAAUUUAAACUGCUUACAACAUAUUUUUUGUUCCUCAUUUUUGUGAUUAUAGAGAGAUUACACAAGGACUUGCAUGGCAUCAGUAGAUGUGAGAAUCUAACCUUAUAGCAUGGGAUUGUAAGGUGAACAACAAAAGGCAUUUUGAAAUGAAAUCACAACAGUGAAUGAGGAGUCUUUAAAAGGAAUAUAGGGAAGGAGUUACAUAUUUACAGCAUUCAAACCUAAUAUUGUUUUUAGAACAUAGACUUUUCCAUUCUUGGAAUGGAAGCUGAGAUGAUGUCACAAGUUGUUUGUGGGGCUGAUGAGAAGAGCCAAUAUCCCAAAGCAACAAAAUAAGGAUACUGCUCUCUAAGCUAUGCAUUUCACAGGAGAGGUUAGACCAAGGCCUUGACUCACUGUGGUCAUUAAUGAUCCCAUAGCACUUAAACAGUAGGGAUGUUAACCCCAGAGUCACGGUCACAUUCCUAAAAUUGAUGCUCUCAAUCUGGCCACCAAAUCAUCACUAUUACUGCUGAUUGGCUGCACAUUUCAUUGUUGUCCCCACCCACCUUUUUCCUCCAGACCGUCACUGAGAGAAAAAUAUUCUCCUGGUCAAAUAAUGGUUUGUGAUUAAAAAAAAAAAUGUUUUCUGUUAUAUUCGUGAUUGUGUUUCCUAGGCAAUUUGUUUCUCCUUUUCCUUUACUAGUUUGCAGUUACAGUACACUGUGCCUAAACAGUUUUUUUUUUUAAAAGAAUUUAUUUGAUACAUGUAAAUGGUGGACAAAUUCUACUCCAAGUAGAAUUCGAAGUUAAGUAGAGUAUGUCUAACCAGUACAGAACCACACAAGAUUUUAUCACUGUUUACAAAUCCCACAUGGAUUUCAUGCAUAUGCUUGAGGAUAAGAUAAUUCAGGACACAUGAUGCCUGAUGUAGUUCCAUACGAAGGGAGUAUAAGGUGACAAACAAACCAAUCAUAUCUGUUAUAAGUUUUUAGUGAGAUCUCUCUCUCUCUCUCUCUCUCUCUCUCUCUCUCUGUUUCCCAUUGCUGUGAAUUUGUUUGGAAGCAUAAAUGUCAGUUGUGGGUCAAUGGAGAGGGAACGUGUUCAUCUGUCACAGCCUGGCCCACCGUUUGGGGUGACAGAACUUUCCAGGGCAUGUCUGGAAUACCAGGGGCGGCACAGCAACGUUCCCACCAUCUGGCAACUUGGCAACUUACUUUCUUAACCCUCUUGCCUGUGUCUCUGCAGCUUCUCCAAGGAGGAAACAGGAAUAAAUAAGUAUUGAUGGCUGGUUUGCCUCACUGGCUGCCAACAUGGCAACUCCCAGAACACACUUUUGCGACUCUACUUCUGCGGGUAAAGUGCAAAUUACGGAUCCUAGUCAAGUCUUCUUUCUGAACUGUUGAUUGAUCUUUAAGGAGUCCAGCCUGCUGAUUUACAUGGGUGAAUCCCCCACGGGCCGUUGACUGAAUAAAAGAAAGAACAUGAAGUCCCUCUGCUGUCAGUCAGCCGAUGACAUAAGGACCAGCGCUUGACUGUAGAAAGAAAAAAAAAAGAAAACUGGGAGGCGGAUUUCAAUCAGAGUAUUUACUGGUAUGAAAAUGGACUUCACCACCCCUCAGCCAACGGGGGAUCAAACUGUCACAAUGGCAAUGAUGCUCCUGGACAGCCUCUCUGGAAACGGAGAAAACGUGUCAUUGGAGGAUGGUGAAGCCAAUCAGUCGUGUCCGCAUGUUCAGGCCUUCGAGCACCAGAACAAGCUUGUUCCAGCCAUCUACAGCAUUAUCUUCAUCCUGGGCUUCGUUGGCAAUGGGCUGGUGGUGUACGUUCUGUGCCAGAAGGCGAGCCGCAGGACUGUGGCCAACACCUACAUGCUGAGCCUGGCCCUAUCUGACCUGCUCUUCCUCCUCAGCCUCCCCUUCUGGGCUGUCUACUACUCCUUUGACUACAACUGGGUGUUCGGCUCGCUCAUGUGCAAGGUGUGCGGAGGCCUGCUCUCCCUCAACCUGUAUGCCAGCAUCUUUUUCAUUACCUGCAUGAGUGUAGACCGCUACUUGGCCAUCGUCUACCCCUUCCAGUCGCAGGGCAGCAGGAGCUUAUGCCGGGCACGGGCAAUCAGCUGCGUGGUGUGGGUGGCGGCCUGCGUCCCCACGCUGCCCACGGUGGUGUUCCGGGGCACCUUGUACGUGAAGCAGAUCGAUGUGAUGGUCUGUGCCAUCCUGUACCCCACGACCUCCUGGGACACGGGCCUGAGCUUGAUGAAGAACAUUCUAGGCUUCCUCUUGCCCUUCUCCAUCAUUGCUAGCUGCUACUGCAGCAUUGGCAAGCACCUCCUCACCUCCCCAGGCCUGGAUAACAGCACCAAGAACCUGGACCGGGUUCUAAAGGUGGUGGUGGCCGUGGUCCUGGCCUUCUUUGUCUGUUGGUUCCCCUUCCACGUGCUCACCUUCCUGGACACCCUGGCCAGGCUUGGGGCUGCCGUGCCCUGCUGGAUGCGGCGGACCAUCGAGGCAGCGCUCCCCUUCACGCUAUGCUUGGGCUUCUCCAACAGCGCCAUCAACCCCAUCCUCUACUGCUUCGUGGGCAACCACUUCCGUGAACAGCUGGGCAGCCUGUACAAGGCCCGGACGUCCAGCCUACUGCAGAAGAGGGGCUCGAUCAGCACGCGGCUCAGCUCUUUCUCCAGGAAACUUAGCGACUUGAAGGACCUGGGCCCUCUGGAGAAUUUGGGACAGCACAGUGCCCCCUAGUGGCUCCCAUUAACGUUAAUGGAUAGUUUCCCUUCAUUGACUUUGCAGAGGGGCUGUGACUUAUAAAAUCAGGGCUCUUAAAGCUGAUUGUUUCAACAGUACUGUCCAUAUCAAUCAUUGAGAGAGAGAGAGAGAGAGAGAGAGAGAUGGACAUUUACCUUGUUGCCUUGUGGAUGAUACAUUGUUCUGGGUAUUUUCAGCAGCCAUAACCACAUUUGUAUGGCAGCAGUUCACUUUCAUGUUGUUGUGGUUCUCCUUUGGAAAAAGUGUUUCAUCGCCUUGCUGAAAACUUAAUUUUCUGUUAGUUUUGUAUCACUUUAUAUAAACAAAAAGCUAUAUAUGGUAUAAAAUAUAAUUUUAUUUAAAGUGCACUUUUAAAUGGAUGCAAUUAAAGAACAGGCAACAUAAAACUUGUAUUUUUCUACUCGCAACUCAUUGUAACUCAUGUGUGACAGCUAAAUUCUGUAUCUCAUUUCUUUAUUACGGUACUACACACUUCACUUCUGCCUGUCAUGAAGGUCUGUUUUAUAACAUGGAAAUGUUUAAUUCCUCCUAUUUGUUCUGACAGAGCAGCUGGAUUAUGUUUGGAGUACUCCCUCACAUUCCAACAAUAUUUAUCAAAAAAGUCAUGGAAGACAACUGUAAUAUUAUUUAUGUCUUUUUAUUCAGGGCCAAAAUUCAUAUUCAUGUUUUCUGAGUACCAUCAUUAUAACUUUGGGCAAAAAAUAUUUGUGUAGGUAUAUGACAUACGCUUGGAACUGUACUGUCGAUAAAUUAUAUUCUCAAAUAGUGAUGAUGUGCCUCCAUCAUGUUCUCUAUAUUACAAAUGGGUACACAGCCACUGUUAAUUCUAUAGCUUCUGAUUCUGAGUUGUACAAACAAUCCAUUGAAACACCUGGUUUUACUGAAGCAAUUCAGAUUAGCCAAGGGCAUCGCAUUAGUGCUUCACCUGGGAAAUGAACCUGCUGAAAAGGCAGAAGCUGCUUUUCCUCAUUACCAUGGCUAUACAUUUACUGCACUGUGUGUCUAUGCUGCUGGAGCAGGUGCCAGGCACCUGAUCAGCAAGAUGAGCUGACAUUGGAUGAUAUGACAGAGAAUGCCCUGCAGACUUAAACCCUCCUCCCCAAAAAAUUCCUUCCUAUAGUCAAAUAUGUGUCACCCUGGAAGACUCAUAUUAGGUUUUGCAAUCUUCUGAGUGAUAUAUCCCUCUCCUCAUUUUUUUUUAGAACCUAUGGAAUAAGGCUUUCUUUUGACAGUGCUUUAGCAUUUAAAAUGCAGUUCUGCUUGUGCUACUACUGACACUACUAAUACCAAUAUACAGUUUGUUGUUGCAGUGUGAACAAGGUGUAACUACAGUGCAUUAAUAAAAGGGGAAAAUAUGUUGUA